AUGGAAAUUGUAGAACGCUCUGCCAUUGCAUCGCGCCAUAUUUAUUAUCCAAAAUUUCAAUGUUAUCCUGUUAGAAAAUUGGUACCUUUACGUAAAGCGAAGACAGUUCGUGCCAUAAAUGUAAGAAUCAAUGUUGGAAUCGAACCAACCAGAAAAACCAGAAAUACUAGAAAUUCU